AUGAGAAUUCACUUCAAACACAGACUAUAUGAGUGUGACCAGUGUGAAAAGGCUUUUAGAACAUCCCAGGAGCUCUCCACUCACUACAGAACGCACACAGGAGACGAAUCAGACGACUGUGAACAAAAGGGGAAGGUUUUCAGGUCUGCGAGGAACCGUCUGAAACAUGUCCAAAUGUUCCAGACUGAAGAGAAAAGCUGCAGCUCUGACCAGUGUGGGACGACUUUGAGACAAGCUGCUCAUCUGAAGCUGCACCGUCUUGAACACACUAAAGGAGAAAGAGCUGCUGAGGCCGGAUCAAGUGAACCUAAAGUCAGACUCAAAAAGCUGGAGAUCAGGCUUCAGAGACUCCAGACUGUGGAGUUGAGUUCUGAGCUGAUCGCCUUCGAAGUCAGUAAUAUCUUCGGAGCUUCGUUCAAAUCUUUUGCGGCGAGUACGGCUCUGUCCAGGAGCGCCGUCCAGGAGAGCACCGGCGGGAAGACGCAGGUCGCAGGUUUACUGUCCGCCAUUAUCGUGAUGGUGGUCACUGUGGCCAUAGGGUUUCUACUGGAGCCUCUGCCAAAGUCUGUGUUGGGGGCCGUGGUGAUCGUGAAUCUUAAAGGGAUGCUGAUGCAGGUCAGAGAGGUGCCGUAUCUGUGGAGACGAGACAAACCAGACUGUGUGGUGUGGGUCGGGACCUGUGUGGCGUCCAUCUUGCUCGGUCUGGAUCUGGGUUUAGGGGUUGGUCUGGGUAUAGAACUCAUCAGUGUGGUUCUCCGAACGCAGUUCCCUCGCUGCUCUGUGCUCGCCAACAUUAAAGGCACCGACAUCUACAAAGACAAGGACUACCUCGAUAAGGGUUACCUGAACAUGUCUCCUGAGCCGUACACAGAGGUGGACGGCGAGGACAGUGUGGAGGAGCUGGACCUGCCCACAGACCUGAAGGACCUGCCCAUUCAGGUGGACUGGAGAGGGGAGCUGCCCGUCAACGUGAACGUGCCCCCGGUGGAUCUGCACAGCCUGGUCCUGGACUUCGCCGCUGUGUCCUUCCUCGACGUCUCCGCCCUGAAGGGACUCAAAACGUUGUAUUUGGAGUGA